AGGCGUGAGAUCACAGCGGAGAAGCCGCAGGGUGUAUUCUGCUGUGGUGCAACAGGAAGAACAUCUCAGUAUUCUCUAUUCGACAAAAAGACAACAACAACAAGCGGAAGCAUGGACGCCUCCAUCGAACACCUGCGCGAGUCGCUCGGCGAGCUGCUUCAGUACUAUCCGCAGGUGCUGCGCAAUGUUUUUCAUUCAUCAUCAUCAUCUACGCCCGCAGCGACGACGGCGGCCGCGCUCACAGAUAUUGAGUCGCCAAACGAGGGACCAUCGACACCUAAAACGGCGACUGCCAGCUCUGCCCGCGACGCCAAUCACAUGUCCGACGCGGUGGAGGGCUUCUUGUCGGAGCUGACACGCGCCCUCUCUCUCGGCCUUCGCGACGGAGACGGCUUUGAGCUGUGGUCGGUGCUGGAGCUGCUGGAAUGUGUGCCGGGCCGAAUGCAAGCGGAGGCGGAGGCGGAGGCGGAGGAAAGAGCGUUGACGGGGACCUCCGGACGCUCCCCCGUGGCAACGCCGAAAGCAGCGGCGUCGCGCAGUCUGACCUCUGCGCCAGUGUUUCAUCAUCAUCAUCACCAUGGAGGAGAUGAUGUGGAGGGUAAGCGUGCUUCCGCUGCCGCCUCCUCUCUUCCGUCUACGAGCUAUCCUACGCCGGCGCCUGCAUCGGCGCAGCUUUCACGCAGGGCAGUGGCAGAAGAAGGUGCGUCGUGGCGGCACCACCUCCAGCGCUUCCACUUCGCCUCGCAGCUCAUCUACGUUGUCCGCUCCACCUUCCCUUCCGCCCCACACGUUCUGCAGGCCCGGAUAUUGCUUCGCCUGGCCCUGAAUCAGGGUUGUCUGUUGGCGUCGCUUGAGCUGCUGCGACGGUGGUGUCGAGCUGAGUUGGACGUGUUUUACGCUCCGGUGCGAGAUGUGUCAUCAGCAGCUGCAGCGGAGGCGCAGCGCAGCGUCUGUGAGGCUCUCUUGACGCAGCCGGACACGGACAGCGAUGUGUGGAAUUCUUUUGUGGCCGCCAUCGCCCCCGUGGGGGGGCCUCCGAUCUCGGAAAUCGCCGCCGGCGCGCCCAAGACAGCGGCGCAGCCUUUCUAUCUCCAACUCGUCGUAGCCGGCCUGGACAACGACUCUGCCGCGUCGCGGGAGUAUUACACACAGCUGCAGAGCUACGUGCAGGGCAGGCGGUCGACCCGGCCAUCGGCGCUCGUCUGCUACGAGGCGAGUCAGCGCUGUCAUGCCCACUGCGCCGGCUCGUCUGCUGCUGCUGCUGCUGCCGGGUCGCAGGCGCGACGUCGUACACCGGCCGUACCCGCGCAGCAGCGCGUGUUGGAGGUGGAAGCGCUCCCCCUCGCACGGCCCACAGUAGCGCCCUCCGAUGCCGGGGAGGAGAGGGCUGAAGGGGCAGGAGGGCGCGGCGCUGUUUCCGCUUCGCAAGCCAGCGGCCACUCCACCCAUCAGCGUCGACAGCGUCGUCGAAAGAGGCGCGUGCACAGGGGAGGUGUGGAGGAGGAGGAAGAGGGAGCAGGCGUGGAGGCAGCCGAUGCGUCUCGCGGCGAUGAGGAGGGCGACGAGGAUGGCGUGGAUAGCGAGCGGGGUCGAUCCUCUUCGUCUUCUUCUUCUUCGGCGUCCGGUCAGCCUGCACUGCACGAGCGCCGUAGCAGCUCUACUGCGCCGUGUGAUGCUCCUCCGGCGCACCAACACCGGCGCGGUGCCGAGCCCGUUGCACCGCGUCGGCCCAUCACCCCAAACGACGGCGCAGCCGGGAGAAAGCCGGCCAAUGCAGAAUGGGAAGCUGCGCUGCGUUGUGCGUCGGCCGCCUCUACCGCGAACGAAGUGAACGUUCACACCGCGAAGGGCGACGGACAUGAUGAGUCGAUGUUGCAGCAAUCCCUUCAUGCGUCCGCCGAGUGCUCUGACCGAUCCGACACAGCGGCCGCAGCGGUGAACCCGCCGACGCAACCAGUCACUAUGGUUGCCAACGCUGAGACAACGUCUGUGCGAGGUGGAGAAGCAAUUCCUGGUGAUGUACGAAGAAGUAGAAUGUCCCACUCGCCUGUUUCUCCACUACCAUCAAAACUUGAUGUUGGGGGAGCGAAGAGGUUGUCGCAGGACGCCCUCUCGCCGCUGCCGCCUGCAUUGGACGAUGUGCAAGCACGUGUGCUGCAGUGCUGGGCCGUGGCCGUCGCCCACGCUGAGUCGCAAGAGCGGAUGCGACUGAGCGCUCGAGAUGCGGACGCAAACAACGUCACGGCGAGCUGA